UAGAGGAAACGUGGAGGCCGACCUAAAAAAAAGGAAAGUGCUAGAAGUAGUUCAGAUGAAAAAAACACAAAAGGUCCUACAAAACAUAGUAAAACAAAAAAGAAUGUUUUAAGCGAAACAAUUUCAAAAGAAGAUGCAAUACAGCCAGAAAGGAUUGAACCAUUAAAGUCUUCAAUGACAACAAGAGAUAGAUAGACAACAAUAUAAAGAGAACUUUUUCACGGAGUGAAAACACGAAGGGUAAAUAUUCUAAUAUUAUUGAUGAUACAGUAAUUCCAUCAGCAAGAAAUGAUAUUGAAGAUCCUUCAAUGUGCGAGGAUGCACUUGAGAAAUUUACUCCUCUUAUGAAUUCCACGAUGGACAUCAAUUCUACUUAUACGCAGAAGAUGAUGGACGCUACCGCAAUUGUAGAACCUUUAUCACCAAUAAAAUCAAACGAAACUGUAGUAAUUAAUAAAAACUUGGCUAGUAGUAUAGGAAAAAAUAAUGAACCUAAAUUUACAUCACGGUCGCCAAUAACUCUGCAGGAGGAGGUUCAGCAGCUGAAUCAAGCGAUUGGACUCACCGAGUUCGAAGAAUUAUUCGCAGAAGAUGAGCCAUCCCGUGAAAGGGAAAUGUCUAAUAGAAACAUGACGAAACAGGACAUUCAAAAUGAAAUGAAGAAAAAUGUGCCCGUAAGAAGGAGAAUCGAGGCCUUUGAAAAAGAAAAAAUUUCAGAAAAAGCCAUUGUUCAAAAACUGGCACGAAGAUCUGUCGAAAAAGCAAAAAAAAUCUUAUUAGCGAAACAAAAGAAGGAGACUCAGAUGAUGACAUCGCAGGUAACAUUACAAACAGUAUCAAAGUAUUCUUCUGUUAUAAAAACACAAGCUAUUAUUCAUUCGAUAUUUUAUCCAAAAUAUAGCUCCAAACAGCAAGGUCCACUUCUGUUUUGCACAGUAAACCUGACGACGACACAUCUGACGAUGAAGCCAGACCAAGGCGUACAAUUCCACAUUAGGCGCAAUCGUACAUACGCGAAAAUGAACUUGCAAUGCAACGAUAAAUUCCGAAGAAAGCAGUCUAUAAAUUCUUUGAUAGAAGAAUGUGCACACCAGAUUUAACUGAAAUGUUUGAAAAUAUAGAUAGGAGUAGAUUACAACGCACGUCCAGUGCAAUAUGGAAGACACCACCGCGUUAUUCCAUGAUGGAAAACGAAUAGAAGUUAUAAUUUGUUAAACUGAAUGUUGUUGAUUUCAAAUUGUGCCUUAGAGCAGGAAUACUUGCCAUACCUUGCGUGUAAUAUAAAAAUGAUGUUACAUUGCAACUAUCGUUAAAAGAUGUAUGUGUUCUUAAAAUAUACCAAUGAACGUAAGACUAUUUCACUUUUUAUAUUUUAGAAUGAUCAUAGGCAUAUAUUACUUUUAUUAUACUAAUCAAAUUUUACCAUUUUUUCUUAUUUAUAUGUAUCUUCUUAAGAAUUAAUAAAUA